AUGUCUGCCUCUAACACCUUUACCUCUGGUGAAAAGCUCCCAAUCCUCGACUACUCCAAUUGGGUUGAUUGGAGUGAAUACUGGCAAGAUCAUCUUAUCCUCUACGACCUAUGGCAGUACGUCGAUCCAACAUCUACAGUGAUGGUGCCACCCCCUACGACUAAUGUCAAUCGAGAUAUUGCUAAAACGUUAACCGAAAACCUUACCAAAAUCCGUCAAUAUGUGUCCCCUGAAUGUCGCAAGCUCCUAGUUGGCCAUACAAACCCAAGAGACCUCUGGUCCUCACUCAAGGCUAGCUGCGACUGCGGGACAACUCUCCCAUUAAUUGCUCAAUACGAAUCAUUCCACAACAACAAGUGGGAGCCAAAGGAUACCAUUUCUACCUACACAAGUCGUUUCCGCAAUAUCUUUCUUUCCUUGGAAAACACCUCUUACAAAAUCUAUCGAGAUAUAGCCGUUCACAUCCUCGUGGAUCGACUCCCUGACUGUUACAAGACCGAAGGUCAAACGGCAAAACAAUUGAACCUUCCCUUCAUUGAAACAGUGACCUACCUGCUUGCCAAUAUCAAAGAUUCCUCUUCUGAAGGAGAUAACACGUCUGGCGGCCAAGCCCUAGUAACUCGAGGCCGUCGUCCGAACCGCAGAACAAGCUCUCGGAACCUCCGUAAUGGAGGCAAUAACUCAAAUUCAACCCGUCGUGAACGAUCAAAUCGAAAUUCUCGGAAUAAGCGACUUAUCUGUAACUGGUGCAAACGAGAGGGCCAUUACGAGCGUGACUGUCAUAUUCGACAACAGCAACUAGACUCUGGCGCUGCAAAGCUUGACAGAGGUCGUGCCUACUUAGUUCAACAGCCAAGCAGUUUGCAACCUCCGCCUCAGCCGCAGCCUCUACUGGCUCCUCCACCUCCGCAGGCAAAUUUCGCCUCCUCCCAGUCUCAAAGCUCUGAGUCAAACGCUUACAGUUAUCCAUCUCAUCUUCUUCUUACAAGAGCAUCCUACAUCAAUAGUGAGAUCCGACAACAAGACUAUCUCAGCUGGAUACUGGACUCUGGAGCUACACAGCAUUUCUGCAAUAGCAAAUUGGACCUUAAGGACUACAAACAUUUCCUUGAACCCAGAGAGAUCUACCUUGGAGAUAAUACUACGAUCUAUGCAGAGGGAUCUGGUACUCAACAUCUUCAAGUUGGGCCUUAUAUUCUAGUCCUUAACGUCUGGUUCGUACCAAAAUUGGCAGAGAACCUGCUGUCCUUGCAGCUCCUUGAUCGAGCUGGCUACUCUACUCUUAUUGAAAAUGGCAUUGUCUACAUACGGCAGCAAGGCGACUCAAAUUCUGCAUGGUUUCAACUAGCCAAUUCGAAGCAUGGAGAUCUUUAUCAAAUUGAAUGCCCCACGAGCUCUCCGUACAAGAGAAUUCAGUACACUCAGGCUAUGGCAUAA